UGUAUCCGCACCAUGGAAAGCAAGGAGAUGGUUGAUAGUUUUAUCGAGACUGGUAAUCACCUUAACGACAAGCUGCGCCGCAUUCGCAAGCGUUGUGAGCGCCCCAUGCUUGGCUUUAGAAAUACUGGCAACAGCAAGCUCCGCACCAAGGCCGGUGUCAGAUUUGUUGACAGAUUGCUAGGGCGCGAGUACGAGCUGGGCAAUGCAGAGAUAUUAUGGCCUCUGUCCGCCUUUGGAACCUCAGAUGAGGUAGGUGAUAAAUGGGACAUGGGCCGGGCAAACGGCCUCUACCAAACUCGAUGGGAGGAGCAGAACCAACUCAGAAGAGCCCAACCCUGCCGCCCCUUCGCAACCUACGUGUUCAAGUACGACUCGGCACGGGAAAAUAACAUGGCUAUAGUUCGUAUAUAUACUAAAGCAAACCUAGAAGUUUGUCGCUUGGAGAGGCUGGUUGAAGUCUGCAAAUUGGUUGCGUCUUUGAGAUUUGAUGCUUUUUGGCGUUCUUUUGAGUAG